AUGAAGGAUUCAAUUGGUGUAAAGAGAGUAAUGGCCAAGGCAAUUAUUCCCAUGUUUUUGUGGUUUUGUGUUCUAUUAUACAACCAAAUGCCAGGAUAUAGAGUGCAUGUUAUUGAUAAACCAAGCCAGGCAGUGCAUGCACCUGUUGUUGUAUACUCACAAAGGAACAUACAGGAGAUAAAGAAGGAAUGCAUCUGCUGGAUGGGAUGUCUAUGCAUCCAGGAACAUGUGAAUAAAAUACUAGAAGCAAGUGCCGUGCGCGGUUCAUUUGUAGAUGUUCUUGUGCACUCUCCUGGCGACCUUAAGUUUAUUUUAGAGCAUAAAAUUACACGCUCUCCGCGUGUAUUUCCAGAUGGGAUAAGUCCUAGAUCGAACGGCAGUUCAACGUAUGCAUUAUACACGCUGGCAGAGCACAUUAAUAUGUUCCAGUACUUCGCAGAUGGUUUAAUGUAUUCACUGUUUGAGUUUUGCACUAAAUUUUCUAAGGAGAGAAAAAGCACUUAUAUCCAAGGACUAAUUGUAUUGUUAUACGUUCUGGCCACAAGCAGGAGAAUGUGCUGCUUUUCUGCACAGAAUAAGAAAAGAACGCCGGAAAAGGAGCUGGAAAUACAUUAAGAAAACUACUAGCAUAUAUUUUUAGUGAAUAAAGAAG